AACGUUCUCUGAAGAAUCAAGAUUUGGCUGGAGAUUUUCAAGGAGUGGAAUUACAAGCAAGGGUUUCUAUAACAUGGCUCUCGUUUUCGGAUUGCCAUUCUAUUAUCCCACGUACCGGUAAGUUUUUUACAAAGCUUCAUCGUUUUAAGACUUCUUUCUAUAAGCGUUAGUCACUAAAUAAACUUAACGUCUCUUCGCCUCAACUCCUCACUGGGUUACAUUUUUGAGUCAUGAGAUGCAAGCUUUCAUUAAAAACGACUGACGACAAGCAAGAAUUCUCAGUCAGAAGUAUUAGUAGUUAGUAGAAUGGCAUAUCUGGCGCACUUUUCAAGUCAAAAUAAUCAGAAAAUGACAGAAAAUAAUAAGAUUCCUGAAUAUGCAAAAGACUUCAAAAAAGAAUGGCUUUACAUAAGAGGGAUUAAUAAGAAGUGUGGUGAGUUUAUAGAAUUUCUUGUAGAAAAUACUGAUUCUUUGGAAAAAGUUUUUUGGUCUUCAAGAGCAAGAACACUUAUUAGUCACUUUAAAAAUGUUUUGGAGGCUCAAAAAAUGAGGAAACUUCAAAAUAUUAGUAAAUUAGAGUUUAAAUUAAGUGCUGUUAAUAAAAUAAUUGAUCUAAGAUUUGAGCUAUAUUUUCAUAUGGGAAACACUUUUUAUUCUGACUUUUUUACAGAUGAUGAAUUUCAAGAUUUUUUUGAGAAUUUUAUCAUCUUUACUAAUAAUGUUAAUAUUAAAUAUGAAGAAGAUUUUGAAAAUGAUAUUAAUGAAGAAUAUGUUGAGAAAGAUGAAGAAAAUGAUAGUUUAAGUGAAAGUGAAAGUGAAUUUAUAAGAGAAAAUCUAAGAGAAAUUGAAAAUGAAAGUGAAAGUGAAAGUGAUUAAAAAAAAAAGCUUAAAGUCUUAUAAUCUAAUUAUAAGAUUAUAAGACGUCAUGUCUAACCAAGCAAAUGGUUCGUGGGGUAGUACACCCUUUAUAACAGAUAAACAAUUUAAGAAUUUGUCUUUAGAUGAAAUAAAAAAUAUAAUAGAAGCAGAAAAAGAAGGACUUAAGAAAGAUUAUAAGGAAUUAGGAUCAAGAAAAAGAUUAAUUAAACAAUAUAAAAAAUUGGUAAAAGCUAGAGAAAAAGUUAGAAAAGGUAUUGAUAUAAAAAAAGAAUAUAAGAAGAAAAAAAAGAUAAAAACAUUUGAAGAGUAUUUUGAGGAAUGUAUAAAAAAUAAAGAGAUUCCACCAGAUACUCCAGAUUACUUACGUAGAUCUCUUGAGCGAGCUAUGUAUGAACAUGAGCAAGGAAUUCAAAUAGAAAAAUCAGCUUUUAAUAAUCUUGUUGUUAAGUAUGUUUUAGAGGGAAUUCCUGGUAUUUCUCCAAUUGAAUAUUAUAAUAGAGUUUAUGCUAGUUUAUUAAAUUUAUUGAAGGAGCAUAGAAAUAUUAAAUUAAAAAUGGUUAUGGUUUGUAUAAUGGAAAGAGUUAAAAUUAAAACAAAAGAAGGAAUUCAAGAAUUAGAGGAGUUUAAAGCAUAUUUUAGUUCGAAAACUUAUAAAAAUUAUGAAUCAUCAAAUGAAGAAGAAAUAGUAGUAAAAUGUAUGAAAAAAAUUAUAAAUGAUAUAGAAGAGUUUACCAAAAAUGGAAGCGGGUGGUAUUUUAAAGAAGUUUUAAGGCUUGAUGUUAAUACUAUUAAGUUUAAUCCAACCAAAGGAUCGACUUAUAUUGAUCUUCCCUCUUGGAUAAAAAAUAAAAAAGCAAUUGUUAACAUUAAAAAUAAAGAUGACAAAUGCUUUCUUUGGUGUAUACUCAGAUAUCUUCAUCCAAGAGAGAGAGAUGAGGAAAGAAUAAAAGAUUUAGAAAAGUAUGAGUUUUCACUUAACACUAAAGGAAUUACUUUUCCAAUGAAAUUAAAAAAUAUUAGUCAAUUUGAAAAACUUAAUCCUGAUAUUCCAGGAAUAAAUGUUUUUUCUGAAGAUGGUAUGAUUAUUUAUCCUUUGAGAGAGGCAAAUAGAGAUUGUAAAAAUACUAUUGAUUUAUUUUUGUACGAAGAAGAUGGUGUCUCACAUUAUACUCUUAUUAAAAAUUUUCACAGGUUAGUAAGGUCACAAAAAACUGUAAGUAGUAAAGGAAAAAUAUUUAUUUGUAAGAGAUGUUUUACACAUUACACUAAAGAAGAAUUAUUAGAAAAACAUAUUAGAUAUUGUUCAAAUAAUGAAACAACGAUUGUAAAAAUGCCUGAACCAAACACAAUGUUAUACUUUAAAAAUUAUCACAAAAGAUUUCCUGUUCCUUUUGUAGUUUAUGCAGAUUUUGAAUGCUUUACUAAACCAAUGAAUAGUUGCAGUCCUAAUCCAAAAGACUCUUAUAAUUACAACUAUCAAAAACAUGAACCAUCAGGAUUUUGUUUUUAUGUAAAGGGAAUAAUAGAUAAAAAUAUUAAACCAAUCUUUUAUACAAAAACCUCCGAAGAUGAGGAUAUAUCAAAAGUAUUUGUAGAAAAACUUGUAGAAGUAACUAAAGAAAUUUAUAAUAAUUUUUAUAAAAAACCAAAACCUCUUAGACUAACUAGUGCAGAUCAAAAAUCAUUUGAUUCUGAAGUUAACUGUCAUAUUUGUGGUGGUGAAUUAAAAGAGGAUAAAGUUAGAGAUCAUUGUCAUUUUACAGGUCAGUAUCGUGGAGCAGCGCAUAACAAAUGUAAUCUUAUGUGUCGUAAACCAAAAUUAUUACCAGUUAUAUUUCACAAUCUUCAAGGUUAUGAUGCUCAUCUGUUUAUAAAACAAAUUGCUAGAUUAGAAGGAAAAAUAAAUUGUUUUCCAUCUACGGAAGAAAAAUAUAUUUCAUUUUCAAAAAAUAUUAAAGUUGAUGAGUAUUAUUGGUCAAAAUUUGGAAAAAUGAUUGAUAUAAAUUUUGAAAUACGAUUUUUAGAUUCAUUCAAGUUUCUUCAAACAUCACUUGCCAAUCUUGUAGGAAAUCUAUCACCAGAUGAUUUUCAUAACACAAAACAUGUAUUCAAGAAAAAUGUAGAUCUACUAAUUCGUAAGGGAGUUUAUCCUUAUGAUUAUGUUUCUUCACUUGAUAAAUUAUCAGAAACACAACUUCCACCCAAAGAGGAGUUCUAUUCAAAACUAAAUGAUGAAGAUAUUAAUGAUGCUGAUUACAAACAUGCAAUUAAAGUAUGGAAUACUUUUGAAUGUAAAACAAUAAGAGAUUAUCACAAUCUUUAUCUCAAAUCUGAUGUAUUACUGCUAGCAGAUGUAUUUGAAAACUUUAGGAAAACUUGUCUCAAACAUUACAAAUUAGAUCCAGUUCACUAUUACACUUCCCCAGGUUUAGCUUAGGAUGCAUGUCUAAAAGAAACAGGUCAGCAAUUACGAUUACUACAUGAUUAUGAUAUGUUAAUGAUGAUUGAGCGUGGAAUACGAGGAGGUAUAACUCAUAUAUCAAAGCGAUAUGCAGAAGCAAAUAAUAAAUAUAUGGAAUAUUAUAAUCCUGAUGAGGAGUCCUCCUUUAUUCAAUAUCUCGACGCAAACAAUCUUUAUGGAUGGGCAAUGACUCAAAAUCUUCCAACACAUGGAUUUAAAUGGAUGGAAAAUAUUACAAUAGAAAAGGUAAUGGAUAUUCUUGAGAAAGCAAAUCAUAGUAUGUCAAAUCUUGGGAGUAAAGGUUAUAUAUUUGAAGUUGAUUUGGAAUAUCCACCUGGUCUAUGGGAGUCACAUAAUGACUAUCCUCUUGCACCUGAGAGAAUGAUUGUUAAUGGUGUUGAAAAAUUAUUUUGUCAUUUUAAACCCCGAAAGCACUAUGUUGUGCAUUACCGAAAUCUUAGACAGUAUCUUGAGUUGGGUAUGAGGCUUACUGCUGUUCAUAGAGGAGUGUCAUUUUAUCAGUCUCCUUGGAUGGAACCAUAUAUCCGAAAAAAUACAGAACUUCGAAAGAGAGCGUCCAACAGUUUUGAGAAAGACUUUUUCAAACUAAUGAAUAACUCAGUUUUUGGAAAAACAAUAGAAAAUAUAAGGAAGCGACAAAAUAUAGAACUUGUUAAUAAUCGUGAGAGAGCUGUCAAACUAGCAAAUCGACCAAACUUUGAUAGAGCGACAAUAUUUGAUCACAAUUUUAUAGCAAUUCAUAUGUUAAAUACUGAAGUGUAUUUUAAUAAACCAGUAUAUGUUGGUCAAGCAAUUCUAGAUUUAUCAAAAACACUAAUGUUUAAUUUUCAUUACACAUACAUUAAAGAGAAAUAUAAAAAUAAAGCAGAAUUAUUGUUUACAGAUACGGAUAGUCUAAUGUAUGAGAUUAAAACAAAAGAUUUUUAUCUUGAUAUAUGUCCUGAUGUAAGAGAUAAGUUUGACACUUCAGAUUAUCCUCCCAAUCAUGAAUCUGGAAUACUAACAGGAGCUAAUAAAAAAGUUAUUGGAAUGUUUAAAGAUGAAGUAGCAGGAAAACAGAUAACACAUUUUGUUGGGCUGCGACCCAAAAUUUAUAGUUUUAAAAUUGAAGAGGGUAGGGAAGUCAAAAAGUGUAAAGGAGUAAAGAAAAAUGUUGUAAAAAAGACAAUGGAUUUUGAUGAUUAUGUUAAAUGUUUAUUUUCAGGUGAGAAAGAAAUGAGAAGUAUGAAAAUAAUAAGAAGUGAAAAACAUGAUAUAUAUUCUAAAGAAGUUAAUAAAAUAGCUCUGAGUAAUGAAGAUGAUAAGCGCAUUGUUUUAGAGAAUAAAGUGCAUACUUUAGCUUUUAGAUAAAAAAUAAUUUAAAAGUAGUAAAGUAUUAGAUAAUAAAUGUCUUAUACAGAGGAGGAAAUAAAAAAAUAUUUAGAUAUACUUCAUAAUUAUAAAAAACCACCUAUUCAACAAGUUAGUAAAAAAGCACAAUGUUUAAAUUGUCCAAAUACUGAAUUUUUUACAAUAGAUUCUGGCCUUAAAAUUUGUGAAAAAUGUGGUGCAGACAACGGUCAUGUAUUAGGAAUAUUUGACGUAAAAGAUUUGGAUAGGUUGCAUUAUAGAAAAAAGAGUAUUUACCAUAGGAAAUACCACUAUGAGAAAAAGGUAAAUGAAAUUUCUAAAAGAAUAAACCUAAAUGAUGAAGAAAAAUGUGAACUUUACGAUAAACUAACAAAAAUAGAUAAUCAUAUCAUGGAAAUACUAAACAAGCAAUACUUUAGAAAGAGAAUGAUAAAUAUUAAUUAUUUAACAAAAAAAAUUUUGGAGGAGAUGGGUUGUGAAAAGUAUAAACUUAUUGAACUUAAGAUUAGUUCUAUAACUUUUGAGAUUUAUGAAGAAUGGUGGAAUUGUUAUAAAGGUUUAAAGAAAUAAAUUAUUAUUAAUAAAAUGAGUAAGCGAUUUCUUGGUACACCCAAAUUUGAAGCAAAAAAAUUAUUUGAUUCAAUUAAUUGUGGAGAUUUAUUUGAAUAUAUAUUUGAAGACGCUAUUCCAUCAGAAGGAGAAUCAAUAGAUCUUUACCUCAAAGAAUUAAGAAAAGAGUUUUACAUUUUAAAAAAAGAAGAAGCUAAAAGAUUGUUAGGUAUACCACAAGAAGUAUUUUAUUAUUAUUACGAAUUUCCUGAUGGGGAAGUAUUUGAAGGUCGCAUCAGUUAUGGAACAUUAGAAAGAAGAGAUAAAGAUCAUAGGACUUCUUGUAUUAGUCCUGUUUACGACCAUUUAAAAAGAUUUCCAGAUACAAAACCAAAAAUAUUGACUAAAGAUACUCAUUACAAAACAGAAAAAAUUAAUUAUAUAUAUAAUAAAAUAAAGAAUGCGAAUACAAAUUAAUCCUAGAUCGUUGUUAAAUCUAGAACAUAUAUGUGAAGUUUUAUACAAACUUCAUCUAUAUGUUUUAGAUUACUUGGUUGAAAUGGAAAGAUCUUUAGGCGAUAUACUUGGAUUUAUUAACCUUAACAAUCCAUCACUAAAAGAAAGAGAAUUUUUAGCUAAUAUUUAUGAGGAAGUAGAUUACUCAAAAGAACCUGAGGAACCUGAGGAACCUGAGGAUCUAUUAAAAAUAAUAGAGGAGUUAAAAAAAAACCAAGAGAGUACUCGUUUUUACGAGCUAAGAAAAUAUAUUCAACUAGAUACUGAUGAAUACAUUCCUAUGAAAAUUUAUGUUGAAGUUGAAGAUCCUGUAAUAGGAAAAAAACUAAAAGAAUUGGUUGAGGCACUUGAAAAAACUCGUGCUCCAGAACAAUUUUAUUUUAAUAAAAGAGAAAUAGAUGAAGAUGCUUAUUUUGCUGAAGGCUAUGGUCUUACAAUGAAUGAGGAACAGAAAAAACAAUGGGAAGAAUUUAUGGAUAGAAAAGAUUUUAAAUCACUUGAAAAACUUUUAAGAGAGAAAAAGUUAUAUCCAUAAUUUUUAUAUUUCAAAAAAAUAUAAAAAAGCUGCCCUCGCGAUUCGCGAGGUCAGGUCAAGAGAUGGAUUAAAGGGGGACGCGAUUUACGGCCCCCUUGGAGGAAAACAAAAUUGUAUAAUUUGUUUAGAUAGAAAAUUAAUAAAGGCUUAAAGAAAUAAAAAGUAUAAAUAAAAAUGGAAAAUGUUAUAGAGAAAUCUUUUAUAAAUCAACAAAUUGGAAUUAAGUUUAAUUCUUACAUCGAUGAAAAAUUUAGAGUAUGGUUCAAAGCUAAAGAUGUGGCUAAAAUACUUGGAUACCGAGAUACUGAUAAAGCUAUCCGGAUGCAUGUAGACAGGGAAGAUAAAUAUAAAGGACCCGCCAAAACGGCGGGGGGUUUACAAAAUUGUGUUUUUAUAAAUGAAAGUGGAUUUUAUUCUCUUGUAUUAUCUUCCAAAUUAGAGACAGCUAAAAAUUUUAAAAGAUGGGUAAUUUCAAAGGUAUUACCAUCAAUUAGAAAGUAUGGCUACUAUAAAAUAAUGGAUUCAAAAAUAAAACAAAGAGUUAUAAUUGAUGGUGUAAAAUACUACAAACACCCAGUGUUUUCUAAUUAUGCUGCAAAUAAAGAUGGUGAUAUUUACUCUCUUAAAAGAAAGAAAAUAAUAAAUAAAAAUAAAGAUUCUAAUGGUUAUUUAUUUUUUAUUAUUUGUAGUAAAAAACUAGAAAAACAAAAGUUUUACUAUCAACAUAGAUUUGUUUAUGAAGUUUUCAAAGGACCAAUUCCACAUGGUUUUGAAGUUGAUCAUAUUUUUCCUGUGAAGAGUGAUAAUAGAAUUAAAAAUUUGCAACUACUUACUCAUAAACAAAAUGUUGAAAAAAGUAAAAAUAAGGCAAUAAUUUCUACUUGUAUUAAAAAUGGAAAAGAAAGAAGAUUUAUAUCCAUCAAAAAAGCUGCAAAUGAAAUGGAUAUUAAUUCUGCUUAUAUUUCUGAUAUUUGUAGGAAAAAAAAGUAUUGUAAAUCAGCAACUUCAAAAAAAGAUAAUCAAAAAUUUACCUUUAGAUACUUAUGAUUAAAUAUUAACACUAAUAUUUAAUCUAUAUUAAAUUUAUUUUUAUACUUCUCUACAAAGUUAUCAGCACUUGAUGGGCAAUGAUCAAUUAUUAUUUCAUCUAAUAUUUUAAUACGAUCUAUAAAUUCUUCCUUAUUCCACUCAUCUCCUCUGAGUGCUGAUCGUAAUUCAACGAGCACUUUUUCAUAAGUGGUAUAUGCCAUUUUUGUUGUUUCUAUCUUCUUUUUAAAAUCCUUCUUUUUUGCAACCCCACCCACAAUUACUCCUGCACCAUUUACUACUCCAAGAAUAAUAGGAUUGAGUGUUAACCCUCCUGAGAUAGUGCCUACAGCAAUAAGAGACAAACUAGAAAUAGUAAAAAAAUUAUCUAGAAAUUUAUAAGAUUUAUAAGAUUUCUUAUAACACCAAUGUUUCUUAUGGUAAUGUUUAUAAAGGUCUGUUAUAGUUUCUAUUUGCUCUUCUGAUAAAGAUUUAUCGAUAUGAUUAAAAUUCAAAAAUACUCUUUUUUUUAAUACUAUUUCUUUUCAUUUAUAUUUACAUUACAUAACUUCCAUUUAACUUUUCUUGAAGCAUUACUUUGUGAAAUUGCUCAGAGUCAGUGUCGUAAAAGUUUGGAGAGUACAUUAAUUUAUUUAACACUCCAUCUUCAGUUGUAAACUUCCAACGUUGAUUAGCAUUGUAAUUAACAGCUGGUAUAGUUAAUGUUGAGCUGUAGUUACUUAUUGAAGCUUUUGUGACAUUUGCAUUAAGAUUUUCUGUUAGCCAUAAAACAAUAAAUUUUCCGUUAAAACUACUUAGUAUUGUAAAAUUUUGAGUUGUUUUGUUGACAGUUAAAGUUACUUUAUUGUUUGAUUUAUUAUAAUCCAAUUUUACUAAAAUAUUAUUGUUUGUUGAUAAAUAUUUAGUUAGGGUAAAACUCCUAUUUCUCCAAUGACUAAAAACAAUACAUAAAGUAUAUUUCGAAGAAUGUAAAGGAGAAAAAGUAAUAUUAUAACCAUUAAUAUGUAAUCCUUUUUCUGUUAUUUCACUUAGGUCUUUAUUAUGAGGUAGUGUAAUAUUAGGUUUCAAAGAAUUAAUCAUAACUCCAAAUGAGCCUAUAUUUAUUCCGUAAGUAUCCGCAUCAGUAAAGUCAUAAAAUUCACUAAAGUAUAAUCUAUACAAAGAAUUUUUAGUGUGAGGAGCUAGUUCUUUUACAAGUGCAACUGUUGCAGCACUAUUAUCAUUGUUUCGGUCAAGUUUGAUAUUUUUAAUUGCUUUUUGAUUUGCAUUAAUAUCAACAUUAUACUUAACUUCUGUUGGUUUGAUGUCAAAUGCGGUGUGAUAAUCGUAAACUUUAUCUGGAUCGAUAUUACUAAAUGUACCCAUAAUACCAUAAGCAAUGAUGUAAACUCCUUGAAAAAAUAACGGAUACGCAGACAGGAUAUAUCCACCACGAAGAAUAUCAACCAAAAUGUGAAGAAAGAACUUAUUCCCAGAUGACAACUUUCUGAAAUUAACUAUUAUUCUGUGGUAGUACAUAGUUUGUGUUUUCCCUGCUGCAUCAGUAUACCUAUGGGAUAGUUUUUUUACAAUUACAUUUCCAAUUGAUAAUCCUUUUGAAGUUCCUUUGUCAACACUUAUUUGAGUAUUAUUCCAAAGAUUAUAAUCAGUGUUGAGUAUUUCCAAACACAACGUGUAAUCAGUAUUUGCAGUUAGUCUGUAAAAAUUAAUUCCCAUCUUAUAAAUAUAUUUACCUUGAGAAUUUUUUAUUAUACUCAUGUAAAUAACUUUGUGGUUAUAGUUGUGAAAGUUUCCUUUGUUUGGUGGUAAAUCUCCUAUACUUUUUAUAAGUAAACUAACUCCUCCAUCCAUUUCAUCAGUCCAUUGAGCUCCACUUGACAUGAGAUAAGCAAACUCAUCUUUAUAAUGACUUGGCUGAACUGCAGUAAGAUGAACUAGAUUGUCAACAUAACCUUUGGUUGUUGCUUCAUUGUCUUGGGUUGGUACACCCAGAUUCUUUAUUUUAUUAUCACCAAGGUUGACAUCGGCUUUUACAACCCCACUUAUUACAAUUUUAGGUGUGUUGAUUUCUAUUCUCUUAAGUGGUUUGGUUAUCGCUUUUGGUAAAUCAGUGAAUAACCGACAAGUGAUAGCUAAGUGAUUUGAAUUGUUAUGAGUUCUUAGUUUUACUCCAGACAUAUCAUAACUCCAAGACUUCUGAAUAAUUAAUGACCAAGUGCCAGUGCGAUUUCCACUCACCCAAAAGUUAGAAUUGGAAUGAGAGCUAUCUCUGGGAAUAAACCACAGAAAGUCAACAUUUACGUUCCGCGAACCAAAUUGAAAUUCUAUUUUGUUAAUGUAUGUGUUAGCAUUUGGUGCCCACCCUACAAGAGGUUGACCAGGUGCUGAUGUUGUAAAAACAAAAUCAUCAGAUGAUGAACCUGAGACAAACUGUAGAUACAAAGUCGUUGCCGCAGCUGGAUCUGUUAUAGUAAAUACACCACUUGUUCCAUCUCCAGAAUGAUGAUCAAACCUUUCUAUUUGUUUACGAACCCAUCCGCGAUUAGCAGCUUCUUGAUCUGUGGUGGGGUCACUGAGGUUAACUAUUUUAUUAUUACCAACAUUAAGAUUACCAGUCAUAGCGACGCUACCAUCUUUUUCCAAGUAAUCACUUAAAUCUGGACUUCCACUAUUAUCAUCAACAUAUUUUUUUGUUGCAGCAUCUGUAUUUGAUGUUGGAGUUGAUAGAUUUAAUAUUUUAUUGUUGUUCAUGUUUAUAUUUCCAGUCAUUUUAUUAAAUGUUCCAUCAAGAUUAAGAUAUUUUGUUGCAGCAUAAUACAAUGGCACUGCAUCACUAAGACCUAAAGGAUCGCCUACAUUUUGUAUUCUAUUAAACUCCAUAUCUAAAACCCCAGUCAUUACUCUUGUUCCAUCUAUUUUUAAAAAGACACUUCCAUCAACUUUAGAGUCAUCCACAUACUUUUUGGUUGCACCGUCUGUGGAGUCUGUUGGUGGUCUAAGGUUAAUUAUUUUUUUAUUAUCCAUGUUUAGAUUAUUAGUCAUUUUAUUUGUACCAGCAACAUGGAGAUACUUUAAAUCUGUGAAAGCUAAUGGUGUUGGUUGAUUGGAACCUGUUGGAUUAGGAAGAUUUAAUAUUCGAUUGUUGGCCAUAUUAAGAUUUCCUUUCAUUGGGUAAGAUCCAUCUGUGUCAAGGAAUGUGUUGUCUACGUAAUAUUUUGUUGCUGGAUCUUUAGAAUCCUGUGGUGCGACAAGAUUUGUAAUUCGGUAGCGGUCCUUCAUAUCAAUGUUUGAAUCAACUGUUAGUCUUGAGGAAGUUCCAGUGGAAUUAUCAUCAACAUACUUUUUGUUUGCUGCGUCAUCAUUAGCUGUUGGAGCGCCAAGUUUAAUUAUUUUAUUAUUAUUCAUGCUUAGAUCGCCAAUCAUUGUUCGUGAACCAUUUCUGUCAAGAAAACGACUGUCUGAGUAUUGUUUUGUGGCUGGUUCAUCUGCGUCAACUGGAUGUUUGAGGUUUAGAAUACGGUACUGAUCCUUCAUAUCAAUGUUUGAAUCAACUCUUAGUCGUGAUGUUGAGGGAGUUCCAGUGGAAUUAUCAUCAACAUACUUUUUUGUAGCAGCAUCAGUAUUAGCACUAGGCGCACCAACAUUUCUUAGUUUUUUAUUUAUCAUAUCAUAAUCCCCACUUGAAGUGAGAUUAAAUCCAACUCCUGGUGCACCUUGUAUUCCCUUAGCAAAGGGAUGAUCAAGAGAUUGUUCAUUAAAUAUCCCCAUUUUAAUUAUUAGGUUAGAUUACCAGUAAAGUUUUUUGCAAUACGUUUUUUUGGUUUAUCAACAUAUAGAAAUGAAUACGGUUUUUUAGUUGCUGCUUUAUAAUCUUCUUUACUAACCCCCAACUCAGAUGAUAUUCUAUUAGACUCCCUCGAUGAUGGAAAUUCGAACAGGCAGUAAUGAGAACAAUUCAACCGAAUAUCUUUUGGUGUUUUAUAAAACGAUUGACUGAGGUAGAUUACAGAACAAUUCUUAUGUCGUCCUUGAAUAAAAUAAUCAAUCAGUUGUCUCUGGUUUUUAUCACAAACAUAGUCAUCGAAUAUCACAAGUUUUUGAUUGUCUUCGUAAUCCAUUUCUGACACUGGGAUUAUUUCAUCAUUACUAACAUGAAGUAUUUCAUAUCCCAGUUUAUGACUUAACUCUCUCAUUUUUUGAAUUAGCUUUUGAUACAAAUCCUGUUCUAAAUUACGCGCGUAAAGAUAAAUUUCAUCAUAAUAAAGUAGUGGUUUGAUUAACAUAUGAUACAACGUAUUAGUUUUACCACUUCCACUAUUUCCACAGAUUAACAUCCGAAAUGUGUUUGAUGGCAUGUAAGGAAAUAACUGUUUAUAUUUUUUAUCUGGGUUGUCACCACUAUCAUAGUUUGGUAUUUCCAUUUAUCUAAAGAAUAUAUAAAUGAAUAUUGAAGAAUACAAAAAACUUGCAAGAAAUAAAAUUGAAGCUGAUGCUUUGACUCAACAGGUGAGAGAUGUUAUAAAAACAACAAAAUGGCAAAAACAAGAUAUGAGAGAGGGUUUCAAAGAGACAUUUAAACCACUUAUUAAAUCUCAAGAUAGCAUUAAAAAAAGUAUUGAUGAGCAGCAAAACGCAACUAUAGCUCAACUCAGAGCUAAUCAACUUGCUCUUACACAAGGUCUUAAUCAAAACAGACUUGCUAUAACUGAAGGAUUUGAUAAACUUGAUGAAGUAAAAAAAUGGGAUUUGGCUCAAUUACCUGGUUUUGAAGAGUCUAAAGAAGAUGAUGGAGUUUUACCCUCUACAUCAGAUGAGGGAGCAAAAAUAGCAAAAUUUACACCUGAAGAUCUCGAUAGAUAUUUAAUGAGUAAAGAAUCACAAGAUAUACUAAAAAAUAACGAAUAUUACAAACUCCCUUCUGAGUAUUUUAAAGAGGAUGUUUCUACCAUUAAUAAAGUAAUUGAAGAUGUUCAUGAAGAUUUAGACUAUAUUAAUAAAGCAAUAAAAAAUACUGCAUUUUUCACACGUGACUCAAACGGCUAUAUUUUAGCUAAACCAAUUAGUAAAAAACCACAUGAAAACACAAUAAAAUUUAUACAAAAUUUUAACAUAUUAAGCAUAUAUGCAACAAAUUUAAGUAAUCUUAAGUAUUAUAAAACAAAAUCUGGCUCUGGAAUGAUUUACUUUAACAACCCACAUCAACUUCUAGACAGACUUGAAUUACUCGGUGGCUCAAUUCUUGCUGAUAAUAAUGGCGUGAUACCUGAGUUUUCUCAAAUAGCACAUCUUCUCAACCAAAUGGGGGUUGUCUCAAAAAAACAACUGAAUGAUUUACUAAAAAGUUAUAUACCAAUAAGAUAAAAAUGGAAGAACGAGCUAUUCACAUUUCCUCAAUAAAUAGGGAAAAAAGAGGUACAAGCAGACCUGGUGAUUUUACUAUCAAGUUUAAUCCAUCUCUGAAACUUAACCCUGAAAAGAAACAUCAACUUGCUCUUGAUCGGUUGUCUAUGACUUAUUCUUGGUACAACAUUAGAAGUGAUUAUGAUAAUAACAAAAUCAAAUACACUCAUGAUGGAUCUACCUGGCAAACAAUUACUUUUACAGAUGGAAUGUACUCCUACUCAGAUAUCAAUGAUUACCUUCAUCAAUAUAUGUCUCAAAAGUCUCACCACACCACAGAUUCAAGUGGAAAAAAGAAGUAUUCAAUAAAUCUAACUUUUAUACUAUCUACCUAUCGAGUUCUCAUAUCACUUGAUGGUGAUUAUCAACUUGAUCUGAGAGGAACAGAAUUUGGAGACCUAAUUGGAUUUGAAAAGAAACUUAUUACAAAAACAGAGUAUGGAACAAAACUACCAAAUAUCACAAAUUCAAUUGAUGUACUAAAUAUAAACACAACCGCAAUAACUAAUAGUAUUGUAAAUGGAAUAAAUACAAAUACUAUUGCUGUGAUACCAACAGACAAUCUCACAAGGUCUUUUCCAUUUACGUUUGAACCUAAAAGACCAUUGUAUUGUGAUGUCUCUUCAUUUCACAUUGAUGAAAUGAGAAUCUAUGUUACUGACUCACUUGGAAGACCAGUAAAUUUUAAUGGUAUAGAUUGGUUUAUGACACUGAUACUCCAUUCAAUGUAAUAUAACUAUUAAAUUAAAAUGAUGCGACAAUCAGAGUUUAAAAUAAAACUUGACCCUGAAUUGGGUAGAUAUACAAGACAACAUAUUUAUGGAGAAGGUUUAACAGAUGUUUUUAAAUCUUUUGGUAAAAAAAUAUUUGGAAAAACAAUGAAAAAAGCUGCUAAAAAGGGUGCUGAAAAAGCAGUGACAGCAGCUGCAACAAAAACUGGUGAACAUGUAGGUAAAAAGGCUGGUGAUAAAAUAGUGCAAAUGUUAUCCAAAGAAAAGGCUACUCCCUCCAAGAAAAAAGUUACUUUUAAUAAAAAUGUUGAAAAAAUAAGACAACAAGAGAUAGAUCAAACAUUAACUAACCUUCUUAGUGGAGGCUCAACACGUAAGAGAAAAUUAUAUAAUUAUUAAAAUAAAAAUGAAGUCUUUUAGAAAUCCAAAAUAUUUAGAUAGAUAUGAGGAUGUUGUAUUUGACCUGGAACAGUCUCUAGAUACGGCUCCAGCAAAUAACGCUCACCAAACUAAAACAGGUCUUAGAUUUGUUGCUGAUAACACAGGAGAAACUACUCCUUUUGAUUGGUAUAACGCAAGGCUGUCAAUGGAUUUUAAAGUAAAUAAGCUAGCAGAUGGAGGAAAUUUAGCGAUUGCAGACCAUAACGGAAUUGUAAAUGGUAGUAACUCAUUUAUAGAAAAAUUAAGUAUCAUAGCAAAUGGAAGAGAAGUUUAUAGUUGUAACUACGCAAAUCAUAUUGUAAAUAUUAAAAAUAUUCUUGAGUAUAAUCCUUCAUAUGCUAAGAGUGUUGCUACAAACGAAUUUUAUUUUCUUGAUUCAUCAAGAAAUGCAGAGGAAAGAGAAUUUGAAGUUAGUGGCACAAAUCAGCUAGCUAAAAGAAAAACAACUUAUAAUAAAGGUUUUCAUAAAAGAAAAACACUACUAGGUACAUCGGCCACAGUAAACUGUGAAAUUCCUCUUAAUAGAUAUUCUUUCUUUGAAGCAUUGGAAGAUAAACUACUUCCAAAUACAAAAAUUGAGCUAAAUAUCGAAAUUGAAAAAGAUGCAAAUUUAAUUUUUCAAGCAGCUGAUAAUUGUAGAGUUAUUAUAACAAGACUACAACUUUUUAUUCCAAAACUUACGUUUAAUUCAGAAGGACAAAAGUUGUAUAUGGAAAAUUAUCUUAAACCUUACAAAUGGACGUAUUUGAAUGAAGUAAUUGAAAGAUCAAAUAAUUCACAGCAACAGACAGGACAUUUUAGAAUUACAAAUGCUAUUUCAAAACCAAGGCAUGUAUUUGUUUUUGGAAUUAACACGGCAAGAAUUGAUUCACAAACAGCAAAUCCAUUUUUAUACGACACUUUUAAUCUACCAAAUAAUGCUAAUAUAAGAGAUUGCUACCUGGAAGUUGCAAAUGGAAACGAAUACCCAAAUAUUCAUUUUAAACCUUCUACAGAUAUGUCAAGAGUUUUUAGAAAUGUAAUGUCAUACGUCUAUGCAAAUAAUGAUUAUCAAGGUGGAACAUUACUUAAUAUAGGUAACUUUAAAAAUUUAUUUCCUUUUGUUUAUUUUGACCUAACAAAACAAAAAAUGGAUAUCAAAGAUGGUGUUACAAAAUUAGCAUUUCAUUACGAAUUAACUGCUAAUCCAAACGCUGGUUAUAAUAUUUACGCAUUAGUCUUACAUGAAAGAAUAGCAGAAAUAUCACAACAAGAUGGAAAACUAUUGCUUAGGGCUUAAUUAAUCUAAAAGUAAAAUAAAAAUGGUAAAUCCUUUUGAUAUUUAUCCACCAGUAACUUUAGAAAAAUAUCCUUUUUUAAAAGAAAAUAAAUACUUUGAAUAUGUUAUAAAUUUAACACCAUCAUAAAUAAAAGAAUUUGGAAAAAACAAUAUUAUAACUUUAGACUUUACAUCUAAUAAAGAACCUUAUAAAGUUUUUCUUACAAAUACCCAAAUCAAAAAAGUAGAAGUUGCAAAAAAACUUAAGAAAAAAGUUGAUUUAAAAUUCAGUAAAACUCAGUUUAAAAAAACUUUGCCUUUUGUUACUAGUUUAAAUCAUUCACUGAUAAAGCAACGAGCUAAAGAUCGACUUGAGAUUUUAAAAACAGAAAAUGCUAGAAAAACCAAAAAAUUAAAUAAAUUAAAGCUACAAGACCGACUAGAGACUUUAAAAACAGAAAAUGCUAAGAAAGAAAAAAAAUUAAAGCUACAAGACCGACUUGAGACUUUAAAAAAAGAAAAUGCUGAGAAAUUAAAGUCUUUGAAUACUAAACGAAAUAAACUUAAUAUUUAUAAUUUUGUUGAUAACACGCUAAAAAAAAUACAUAAACCUAAACCUAAACCUAAAAAAAAAUGAGCGACUUAUGGAGUAAAUAUCUUGUAGAAUGGCGAAAAUAUUACGCAUAGAGACCUAAAAUAAUAUAAACACUUUAAUAAAAAUGGCAACUACUUAUAUUGAAUAUGGAGUAAAACUUACAGAUGGUCAAAAGUCAAAACUGGCUUCUGCCAUAUUAAAUAAAUCACCACUAACUCUUCGAUUAAAACACUCUCAUCUUCGAGGUUCUGAUGAGUUAAUGCUAACCAGCAGACAAAUUAAUAAAAUAAAAAAAUCUAUUGCAAAUGGAACAGGAUCAGAUAUAAAGAUAAGUCGUACACAGAUUAGACGUUCUGUAAAACAUGGUGGAAACUUGUUUUCAUCACUCGCAUCUCUUGGAGCAAAAGUUCUACCUUACGCAAUAAAAGGAGUUUCAAAAGUUGUUCCUGCAUUAGCAACUGGUGCUGCCACUGCACUUGGAGAAAUUGGACUAAAUAAAAUAUUUGGAAAAGGAAUCACAAUUCCCCCACAGUUUUUCCCAAUGUUACCUCCUCUUGUAAGAGAAUUUACCAAAUCACAAAUAAAUCAAAUUAACAAAGCUUAUCAAACAGGAGGGCGAUUAGUUAUUAAACCAACUCGUAAACAAAUAGAAGGAGGAUUUCUUGGAACUCUUGCAUCUAUUGGAAUUCCAAUGGCAAUUAGUUUAGUAUCUAAAAUGUUUGGAUCUGGACUGCAGGUUGAUAGACGUGGAUCAUCUAAUACAGCAAAUGUUUACGUUCCACAUCCUCCUCCACCCACACAUGGUGAAGGUUAUCCCUACUACCCCCCACCCUUUAUCGGUACAUGGUCCAACCCAAUUGGAAUGGGGGUUAAAAAAAAAAGCCCAAAUCCAGGGGAAAAGGUCUACUACUAGGAAAAAACAGCCCAUUCAACUCAAUUCCCAUUCUCGACACCAUUUUGUAAUGGGGGGAGUGCCUCCCCCCAAAACCCCCCUGCCAACUUCCUUUAAAAUAAAACCGCUUUCCAACUUUGACCUCAUGGAAUGGAUAAAGAAACUUGGUAUUAAACAUUUUAGAGGAAUUUACAGUAGGGAUGGGCUACCUCAUAAGAUAAAAAAAGAAUGUGGAAUAAUUAAUCUUGAUGAUAUGAAAGGUCCUGGAACACAUUGGGUUUGUUAUAGAAAUAUAGAUAAUGUAGUUGAGUACUUUGAUCCAUUUGGGUUGGUAAUGCCAAAUGAAGCAUUAAAGUAUUUUUAUACUUCUGGAAAACGAAUAGUUUACUCAACAGAUGAAAUACAAAAUCGUAGUACUGUUCUAUGUGGUUAUUGGUGUUUAUAUUAUCUGUUUGAGAGACAGAAGGGUACUAGUAUACUAGAUGUAAUACAUAAUCCACAUUUUGAUGAUGACAACAGUGAUUUUAUAAAAGCAUACUUUGGGGGGUAGUAUAUUUUUGAUAUUCAAAUUAAUAUCAAAAAUUAAAUAUUCUUCUCAAUCCUAUGAAUAACUUGGUAAUGUUUAUUUAGCGUUUUUUUGUUACGAAAUGCUCGCGGACAGUAUUUACAAAGAAUACGAACACCAGCCAUAUACUUGUGGAUAAGUUUGCUGAUCUUAUCGUAAUCAUUACUUAGAAUAAAUGCGUAAUCAUUACUACGAUACUUUUCUUUCAUCUUUAUUUGAGAUUCUGAUACAGAGUAAUUGUUAGUUGGUGAUUUGAAUUCAAUACAGAGACCUUUAUAUUCCCUAUGAUAAUCUAGAAUCAUUAGAUCUGGUUGACCGCGUUGAUAUCCCUUUUUAUAUGAAUCUAGUCUUUUUUCCUCUGUAUCUUGAUUCUCUCCCAAUCCAGCUACUAAUAUAGAAUUUGGGUAAUAAUUCCUAAUUAGUUGAACUACUUUGUAGUGAAGGUCUGUCUCAUUACCAAUCAUUAUCAUCUUAUUCCAAGGACUAUCAAACAUUUUGUAUUGUCCAUAUUUACGGAUAGAUGGAAGAACUGUGGUAAAUACCCAAUCGCGGAAUUUUUUAGCAGCUUCUAAUUUAGAACCAAAUACAAGUUCAUAAAAACCAGCCUCAUCUAUGAAUAUACAAUAUUUUCCUCUAGUGUCAUUUUGUUUACCUGGUGUUUUACCAGGGCAACAUUUUACUUUGCUGUCAUUUUGUUGACCCCGUGAUUCAGGGGGGCAACAUUUUGUUGACCCGUCCAGACGACGGGUCAACAUUUGGGGGUAUACAAGAUGGUUCAUUUUAUGGUUCUUAGAUACAUUUUUUCUAAUAGCCUGAUUAGUAUCUCUAUACCCAAGAAUCUCAGCAACAUCCUUUCCACGAAACCAAACAUUUUGCUGUUUAUCAAUAUAAGAAUUUAACUCAAUUCCUAAAUCUUUAUUAGUAAACUUCUUCUCCAUCAUGUUUGUCAUUUAUAUAAUAAUUUUAUUCUUUAAAUAGUUUUAUUCACUAUCAUCUGGCAAAUUCUUUAGUUGUUUAACACUCUCAACUUUUUUAUUUAAAUCUUUAACACUAUCAACUAUUUCAUCAAAUUUCAAAUAAAUAUUAAUAAGUCGAUAAAGUUUCUUCUUUUUAUCACUAUUUAUUUUCAACCAAGAAUAGUCCUCAUCUCUGAUUUUUUUCCACAUCUCACAUUCACCAGCCAUUAGUAUUCUAGAAAGAUCAUCAUUAGUUUUUCUAAGAGUUUCAAACUCAUUUACUAUUUUUUUUCUUAAUUCUUUCUCAAAAUCUUUGAGUGUUUUAACAUCCAUCUUUUUUUCUAUCUCAGAAAAGAAUUUGGCUUCCAUUUGUUAUAUGAAUAGAUAAUUACCUUUUACAACUUUGUUGAGAGUAUUUGAUUUCUCACUUAUUUCCAUAAGCAACUCAAAUACUUUUAUAAAUUUAAUGUCAUUUUCCAAUCUAGCAAAAUCAGCAUAUUCAUAACUCAUGUUAAGUACAUUAUAUAUCUUUUGAAGUUCACUUUUCAAAAAAUUAGAUCUAGUAGUCAUACUUCGUAUAUGUAUUUUAUCUAAACAUUAUACUAAAUGAAAGAAUCAUAUUGUAUUGUAGAUAAAAGAGUAACCCCUUGCACAGAGCCAAGUGGUUACCAAACAGAUAAAAGAGGUAGAACUCAAUUCUUUUGCAGAUGCGCAGUUUGUGGAAAUAAAAAAGUUAGAUAUGUGAAAACUGGAUCAACUUCUCAAAGUGGAAGUGGAAAAAAGAGAAAAACAAAAAAGAAGUCAAAAAACUAGUAAGCCCGUCAGUGAUGGCGGGCAAAGGUUUUUCUGAUGCUUUUGGACCAAUCAAAACAGGAAUAAAUGUGGGACAAAAAAUUUCAGAAACCUUGUUUCCUCAAACAAAGCAAACAUUUAAAGAUUAUUGGUCUGGUGAUAUUGCUAGAGGUGUUGUUAAUUCAGAAGAUGGCAUAUUUACUUCCAAUUUCUGGACGGGUGAAACAAGGGUCUUUCGUUACGGUGGUAAAAAAUUUUAUCUCAAAAAAGGUAAUCCUAUAAUGAUUGUCAAGAAAAAUGGCAAACAAAUUGGAUAUGAUCAUGUAAAAGAUUUUUUUAAUGAUGGUUUAGGAACUAACAAAAUAUACAAAUCUUUAGCUGAAGUUAAAAAUAAAUACGGUUCAGGUCUUUUUGACACAGUAGUUGGUACAGCAGUUGACGGAUUUGUUCAUUAUGGUUUACCUUGGAUGGGUAAAAAAGCAGUUGAAAUGGGGCGAUAUGGAGCAAGCGAGUUAAUGAGAAAUAAAAAUCUUCAGAAGAAAGCUGUAAAUUAUGGAAUCAGUAAACUCACUCCAUUUAUUCAAGAUUCUGUUGGAUCAGCAAUGGACCAGUUAUCAACCAAAGUGAGACCGAAAAAGAAAUAUAAAACUGAUAGACCAGAAUUAGAUGGAAGAGGAGUAGAUAUUCACAAUGCUAUUCUCAAAGUAGCACCCAGUAAAGGUUUCGUUUUACCAGGUCAUAAUUAUACCGGUCCUGGUAAUCCUCUUCAUAAACAACUACGACACGAUGAUGAAGGUAAUAUAUUAGAAAUCUACCAACAACCAACAGGGCCAACUGAUGCGGUUAGUAUGCAACAUGAUGUGGAUUACACAGUUUGUGGAAAUAAACCAAAAAGUGAACAAGUAAAAUGUAAAAAUGAAGCUGAUAAAAAAAUGGUAAAAUCCCUGGAUGCAAUUCCUUUGAAAGAAAGACAAUGGGGCCAUGCUAUGGCUAGAACUAUGAUAAAUACAAAACAAAAACUUGGAAUGGGUUUAAACGCGAGUCGGCGUUGAGUAGUGAUUGGUCUCAACAAUUAGCCGACGAACUUCACAAACCAAUCACACGAAACUUUCAAAAAAGAUCAGUAAUCUCAAAUGGGAUUGAUGAUAUCUGGGCUGCUGAUUUGGUUGAAAUGCAAAAGUUUAGUAAAUGGAAUAAAGGGAUAAAAUAUCUUCUAAUGGUUAUUGAUGUGUUUAGCAAAUAUGGAUGGAUUAAGGGAUUGAAAGAUAAGAAAACUGAAACUGUUAGUAAAGCAUUUGAGGACAUAUUCAAAAGUAAACGUAAACCUCAAAUGUUAUGGACUGAUAAAGGUUCUGAGUUUAUAAGUAAACAUUUCAAAGAGCUUCUGAAAAGAGAGGGAAUUAGGUUGUAUCACACUGAAAACGAGGAAAAAUCUAGUGUUGUUGAGAGAUGGAAUAAAACAAUGAAAAACAGAAUGUGGAAGAUGUUUACUGUGAAUAAUAAUACUGUUUACUGGGAUAAGAUAGAUAAACUGGUUUAUGACUAUAAUAAUGCGAGACAUUCUAGUAUAAAAAUGACUCCUGUUGAAGCUAGUAAAAAGAAAAAUGAAAAUAAUGUUUGGUCUAAUUUGUACGGCAAUUUAAUUUACACAAAACCUGGUAAAUCAAAAUUUGUGGUUGGUGAUCGUGUUAGAAUUUCUAAGUAUAAGAGGCGAGUAUUUGAUAAAGGUUACACACCAAACUGGACAGAGGAAAUAUUUGUAAUUGAUAAAGUUUUACCAACAAAACCUAUUACAUAUUCUAUUACUGAUUUGAUGGGAGAAGAGAUUAAAGGUUCUUUCUACGAGCAAGAAUUACAGAAAGCAAAACAACAGACAUUUAGAAUAGAAAAGAUAAUCAGGAGAGAUAAUAAGAAAAAAAUGGCAUUAGUAAAAUGGAGAGGAUAUCCUAAUAAAUUUAACUCGUGGGUGAGUUCUAAGGAUUUGGUUGAUUUUUAAUACAAAUAUUGUAUUAAGAAUAGUUAUUUACUCAUCUUCUUCAUCAGAUAAAAGUAAGUCUUCAACUACUUGAUCAGGCAUCUCCUCACCCUCACUCUCUUCCUCAAUUGUUAGUAAAGACUCCCUAGGUUUUAAUGGUUUGAUAUAGCACUCAUGUACUUUUAUUUGUAAAGAUGUAACAUUGUUACUAAUAAAUAUUCCUUCUAUUAUUAGUGCCAUUUUAACAUUGCAAUACUGAUUAAUAUAUUUAAAAGGAUUUAAAUCCUUCUUUCCUUUUGUUUUAAAUAGUGAAAGAAUUUUCUUUGAUUUCUCAGAGUAAAUAAGUUUUGCAUAAAGAAUUGGCGCUGAUGAUUCAUCAACUUUUUUUCUCUUUUUUCCUUUCUUGUUUGUGUAUUCUAUUUGUUUAUAGUAAAAUGGUGAAGAUAGAGAUGAUGCUAAAUCUGCACCAUAUUCAUUCUCUAAAUGUUGCUGAGAUAGAGUUUUUACAUUAUUAAUAACAUCAAAAAAUGCUUGCUCUUUACUACUAGGUUCACUAUCUUUAGACCAAAGACAUACUGGAAUACUAUAACCAACUAAUUUACCUGUUUCUUUAUUUUUCUGUUCAUUAACACCAAAACUGAAAAGAACUGGAGAUUCAACUACAAGUGGUCCUUUUUUGUUAUUUGGAUAUUUGACUUCAAUUGGAAUACGUUUGUAUUUAAUCUUGCUAUCUUUGACUUUAUACUCUUUGGCUUCAUUAAAGAUAAUAUUCUCUUGGGUAAUAUUUUCGUAAGCUGUUAACUGCAUUUUAUUAUAUAUCUAGAUAAUCUUUAAACCAUAAAUCAAUUUUUAUUUUUGGGUUGAAUAAUCAAUUGUUUCUGCAUCAAGUUUUUUUUAGCAUUUCUGGUUAAUCUCUUAAACUCUGGUCCUUUAAGAAUAAUUUUUUCAUCUGGAACAUAAUCUGGAUCCUCAUCAUGUCUAUAACCAUCAUCAACUAUAAAAUCCAAAUCCUCUUUUGUAGGAGUAGUCUCUCUUGAUCUUGGCUCCAUUUUUAUUAGUUGGUUAUAUUAAUUAAUCCUCUUUAAACUUGUAACAAAAAAUGUUAUAAGUUUAGAAAUCAUCAUCACUAUCACUAUCAUCAUCUUCAUAAUCACUAUCACUAUCACUAUCUUCAUUUUUUAUUUGAUUAUAAAUUUUUUUAAAAAUAUCAUAGAAUUCUAUAAAACCAGGAUAAGGUUUUCCAUCAACUAAAUACUCAUCAUUUUCAUCAUCACUAUCACUACCAUAAACAAAAUCAUCAUCAUCACAAAAAGCAUCAUAACGUAGUUUAUAUAAUUCAAAAUUUUUAUUAAUAGAAUUUAAAUUACAAAUAAUAUCACCUGGUAAAAUAAAAUUACUAAUAUUCUUUAAUUUACCUUUUUCUUGUGCUCUUAAAAAAUCUUUCAUAAUAUUCUUAAUUCUAUUAACUAUUUUUGUCUCAAAUAAUCCAUGAUUUAAUAAAUCCAGUUUAUUAAUCAAAUACAUAAAUUCCUUAUUAAUCCCUCUUAUGUAAAGCCAUUCUUUUUUGAAGUCUUUUGCAUAUUCAGGAAUCUUAUUAUUUUCUGUCAUUUUCUGAUUAUUUUGACUUGAAAAGUGCGCCAGAUAUGCCAUUCUACUAACUACUAGUAUUAUUGAGAAAUCAAGAAAAAGAAAACUGGAAGUGCCUGAAAAUUAGGAUUCUUGUGUCAGCAAAAUUGGGCAAUAACUCAAUUCUUACCGACAAAGGAGAAAAUCUGUUUGCGUAAAAAAUACCAGUUAAUAAUUAAAAAACCUCUGAGGCAUGCAGGUUAAGUCAGUCUUACCGAUUUAACUGUCAUUUUUCUCAUUUAUUUCUACAGUAGAGACUAUGAUGAAGCUGUUCCAGGUUUUGGGUUUUUGCAUGACCUGUGGAGAGAUAUAGCUCUUGCUUCAGACGAGCAGGCGCGAGACACUAGCUUUUAA